AUGGUGAAGGGAAGGAAAGUAGGCUUGAAGAUGAAUUUGAACCCACCAUUCUUUCCAAUAAAUACAAAACUAAAAAAGAUAUAUGAGGAAAGCACUGGUCCUCCCCCAACAGAUGAAAUCAGUAUAGAAGAGGAGAGUAGUUGGAUUCUUCAUCAACUUCAAACAGGUGUGGUAUUGUUUGGCAAAGGAGGCAAUAGAACAAUCGAAGAAGGGCAUGACCUGGCAACAGUUAAGGAUGACAUCAUGCGGUUUUUAGAAUUUAUGCAUGUCCAGAAAUUAGAUGUACCAUUUAUUUCUAUGUAUAGGAAAGAGGAGUGCAUGAGCCUUUUUAAGGAUCUAGAGCCACAAGAUGACAAGGAAAGUGAAAACAAAUCUAAGAAAAAACCCACGCUGAGGUGGCACUAUGUUCUUUGGGCUAUAAGGAUACAUUCUUGUGUUAAUCUGGUUUCAUCAUGUACAAGUUUGUAA